CUGGCACCAAACAGAAUGACACUCACACAGCAACAAACUUUGGCUUGGUCAAUGGUCAGUCUCGCAUUCUUGCUUACUGCCGUUCUGUUUGUUACUCUCUGACUCCAGCUCUCCAGAAAGAAUGCGUCGUUAAUUUAGGAAUCAAGAAGAAAACUUAGACUACGCGCAGCGGGGUAAGGAUGCCGGGCUUUAUUCACCAGCACCCGCUUUCGCAGGCGGAGCUCUUGCUUCUGCUGGAAGAGGAUCGCGAACCCGACGACGACGACCUUCGUACAGUGCCCAAUGAGGCCGACGACUUUCGCAGACAGGACAAAGACUUUCGCAGAGGGCCUCACGACUUUCGUCAAGUGUCUAACGACUUCCGCGGAGACGACUCGCCGCCUCCCCGCGCAAAUCCGCGAUGCGCAACCUUCCCCCCUCGCUCGGCCGCUUUGCCCGCCGCUCUGCACUCCACCACCUCCCUUAUCCCUCCGCCUCUCGUUGGCGGAGCAAUCUUCACCGUCCAUCCGCCACCGUCAUCCCCAGCGCGUAAUCAACGGCCACAAGUCACAACGACCGCCACGACUCCCCCGCACGCGGCUCCCCCGCCGCCUUCGCCUAGCAGCGGAAGCUGGCGACGCGGGCGCCCGCUUUUCCCGGGCAGCAAGGUUCAUCUGGCGAUCGACAGAACCACGGCUCGUCUACUCGUCGCGAAAUGCAAUCCUUUCGGUGCGGCCCAUUUCGAUGAUGAUAUUAGUGCUAGUAGCACGGCUACUAACAGUAGUAGUGCUUGUUUCGGCAGCGGCAGCGCGACAACCGCAGGGAACGCUACUAGCGAGUCGACUAACGCGACGGCUCGCACCAGCGCGGCUAGUACUAGCAGCGCGGGGAGUCAUGCUGCGGAAUUGUCGGCGCGCGGCUUGCGCGCGUUAGUUAACGAGGCGCGCGCGCUUGAACGGCUCCGCGGGUGCCCGCACGCGGUGCAGCUGCUGGGAUGGGAUUGGUCGGCGGAACCAAUCGGCGGAGCGGAAACGUUUGGCGGCGCGGAAACGAUGGGCGGGGCCACGGAGCAACGAAUUCCGCCGGAGCAGGAUCCGCGGAAGCUUGACCAAACGGAUCCCCCCCAGCAGCAGCCGCUGCAACAGGCGCAGCUGCAGCAGGGGCAGCCGGAACGAUUUAGUUUAACGGGAAAUGCGCAGCAGCAACAGCAGCAGCAGCAGCAGCAGCAGCAGCAGCAGCAGCCGCCGCAGCAGCCGGUAGUUACCACGUUGCUUGUGGAGCACGUCCCCGGGGGGAGCUUAGGCUCCCUGCUCUCCGCGUUUCCCGGCGGGCUUGACGAGGCUGUGGUUCGUCGCCUCACUCGCUCCUUAGUGGAGAGCCUCGCCGCGAUUCACGCUAGAGGGGUGGCCCAUGGCGACCUGCGCGCGAGUCAUGUGCUUAUAGACACGCUGAACACACACGCCGCCUCCUCGUAUAGUCACGGGGGCUAUUCUGGAAGUUACCCUGUAGAUUAUCUCGCGAAUUAUCCCGUGACUCUAUCUGUAAAUUACCCUGUGAAUUAUCCCGUGAGUUAUCCCCCAAGCGAGCCGGUGUUGAAGCUUUGUGGGUUCGGGUCGGCCGUUGUGGAGGGAGGGCUCGAUCAGCAUGGGUGCACCGAUGCGACAGUUGCUGCGCAGAUUCUGGCGUGGGCUGCAGGGGUGGAAGUCUUGGGACCCGCUCCUGCUGCUGCUGCUGCUGCUGCUGCUGCUUCUGGUGGGGCAGAAGAAGGAGCAGGGGGAGCAGGCGGGGCAGGGGGAACAGGGGGAGCAGAAGGAGCAGGGGGAGCAGCAGCAGCAGCAGCAGCAGCGCGGGCAGCAGACAUAUGGUCGCUCGCAUGCACAGUAGUCGAGCUAUCCACAGGCCAAUUCCCACACGGCCCCGCCCUAACCUCCCACCCUCCCACCGCCAGCACCCCCAAGCGUCCGAAGCUCCCGCCGGGCUUAUCUCACGAUGGAAAAAGCUUCCUUAAGAGCUGCCUCGCUAGAGACCCUGGAGCACGGCCGUCAGCACAGCAGCUGCUGUCGCAUCCGUUCGUGCUGUACCAACUCUCCGCACCCUCUCCUCUUCCUCUACCCUCUCCUCCCACGUAUCCUCUGCUUCCUCCUGCUGCUGCGCCUCCGUACGGGCCUCCUUUCUUGUCCCCUGCGCUGGUUGGAGGUCCUUUAACGAGCCAUCCUCCUUGCUUCUCCCGUGGUUACCACGUUACUGGCUUGCCACUGCGCGUGAGGGAUGCUCCAGGAGUCAAUGCCUUAGCUGGCGCUGGCCUUAAUGCUGCUGCUACUGCUGCUGCUGCUGCUGCUAGUGUUGCGCACGCUGUUGGUCCGGCUGCUGCUGCUGCUUGUCAACAAGCACCGCUACUCGAGGCGACUCCAAACGAUGCUGCUUCUCACCGGCUGCUGCUGCAGCGGAGGAGGCAGGAGCGGUGGGAGGAGCAGCAGAGGCACGAGCCACCCGGAGAGAGGGGUGGAGUCAAGGGAGGUGAGGCUGCUGCUGAAGGGCUUAGUGACUGUCGGAUUAAACCGGGUCUCACUGGUGGCUCUCGAAGCGGUGAUUGUGGUAGCAGCAGCAGCAGCAGUACUAGUAGUAGCAGCAGCAGCAGUAGUAGUAGCAGCUGUAGCAGUAGCGGUAGCUGGAGCAAAAUUCUUGUUGAUUCGACUCAAAUUCCCCUCGUUUUUCUUCCUCCUGCUCUAAACGGAGCUGGAAGCGCAACAAUCCUGGAAAGGUCUCAGCAGCAGCAGCAGCAGCAGCCGCAGCCGCAGCAGCAGUUUUAUCAACAGCAGCAGGUAGACUUGCCUCCCACUCAUUUCCAUUCCAACACCAGCCAUCUUCCUCCUCAUCUGCUUGCCUCACCACUACCAGCCGCAGCAGCAGCUUUGGCCGCUGCAAGCAGCCAGUUUUCGAGGCAGCAUCACCCCCAGCAGCAACAUCAACUGCAAGUGCAGCAGGAGCAGCAGCAGCAGCGGUGGGAGCGGCGGGAGCAGCAGGAGCGGUGGGAGCAGCAGGAGCGGCGGGAGCAGCAGGAGAGGAAUGGCCUGCUGCUUCUGGUGCAGCAGCAGCAUGAUCUGGCAGAAGCAGCAGCAGCAGCAGUGGUAGACGCAGGGGCGAGCGAGGAGCAGAGGGAGCAUCUGGAGGAGAUUUUGGCAUGUAAGGUAUCUGAGAGACAACCAACGCCCUACUACCCUGUUCCUGACAGUGAGGAUGAAUGGGAGGCCGAUACCAGCGGUGCUGCUGGUGCUGCUGGUGCUGCUGAUGGUGCUGGUGGUGCUGGUGCUGGUGCUUCUGCUGCUGGCUUGCCUGGUUAUCCUCCUGCCCCACACAGUACUGCUGCCUCUGCUGCUGCUGCUGCUGCUGCUGACGGCAGGUGGCAGAGAAGCAGUACUGUGUCGGGCGUCAACAGCCCGUCAGCACCCCCAUUAGUCAGACGAGCAGUCAGCACCACUCCCACGGGCAGGCACCGUAGCACCAGCAGCAGCAUCAGCAGCAGCAGCUGCAGCAGCAGGCUUGGCCUGGUCAUUGCUGGUAGCACUGGCAGUAACAGUGCCGGUUUUGAUGCUGGCAUUGGUAGUGGUGGUGGUGGUGGCAUUGGCAGCGGCAGUGGUGGUAGUGGUGGUGCUGGUGGUGUUGGCGGCAGUGGCGCUGGGUUUUCUGCCUCUCUUGCGUGUAGAGCGUUGCACCAGCGCCAGAGCUCCCUGCCGGUGGGUAUGGGCAGCAUGCACGCGUUCACGGCUGCUAUGGCAACGGGAGGAGGGGCAGGAGGAGGGAUAACAGGGGGGAUAGCAGGAGGAGGGAUGGCAGGAGGAAGAGGGGUUACAGGAGGGAGAGGGGGCGUGGGAUCCUCCCUGAGCAACCUUAGCACCACUGCCAAUGCCACUGGUGGUGGCACUGGCACUGGCAGCGGCAGUGGCAGCUAUGCUGUGCCGCGCAUGCAUAGCAGCAGCUCGGUGGAAGCAAACCUCACAUGCACGUCUGGUAGCCCUUUUUCCUCCCUCGUCAACGCCUCUCUUGGCAGCCCAGCAAACAUUGCUGCAGUAAACAGUGCCAUGAACGGUGCCAUGAACAGUGCCAUGAACGGUGCCAUGAACAGUGCUGUGAGAAGGGGGUCGGGCCUCGGGAAUGGUUUGGCGCGUGAACAGGAGGGGAUGGGAGCGAGUACAAGGGCUGGAAUCAGCAGUGGCGAUACUGUUCACGAGGGUUUUGCAGCCUCUGCUGCCGACUCUGGUGGGCUUUGUACUAGCAGGGAAAGAGGUGGCAGUGGCAGUGGCAGUGGCAGUGGCAGCAGCAGCAGCAGCAGUGAGAAUGGAAGCGGUAACGCCGAUGGUACUACUAGCAGCGGCGUUGCUUCUCGGGUCAUGAAACGUGGCAUGGUGCUGCGAUCCCCCACGCCUUACACCCUAGCUCCAGAGGAUGCUGACGUGGAUGAUGAGCUGGCAGCCGCAGCUGCUGACGUGGCCGAGAGCAGCCCCAGGGAAGGGGCAGGUGUGGGAAGGGAGGAGGAGAGAAGAAGUAAGGAGGAGGAGGAGGAAGCAGGGGAGGAGGAGGCUGAGGAAGUGUGGCUGCAGCAGUUAGGGAGGAGGGGCAGCAGUGGGGGUGGGGGGGUGAGUGGGGGAGGCUUUAACUGGAGAGAGCCUAUGCGUGAAAAUUACAUGCACAGCAGCUCACUACCCCCGCCACCACGAUGGCAGCAACAACAGCAGCAGCAGCAUCUGCACCAACAACUGCAGCAGCAGCAGCAGCAGCAACUGCAGCAGCAGCAUCUGCAGCACCAACAGCAGCAGCAGCAGCAGCAAAGCAUGUCAACUCUUCUCAAGUCUGGCAGUCCUGGUCCAAGCAGAAGCAGCACGCCUCAGCGGCAGGACCCCUCGGGAUGGAAGAAGCACCACCAGCCGCAGCAGCAGCAGCAGCAGCAGCAACAACAAGAACAACAACAGCAACAACAGCAGCAGCAAGUGGACUGUUUGUCAGGUUUAGGUAAUUGCUUAAGUAGCAGCAAUGGCAGUGGCAGUGGCAGUGGCAACAGCGGUUACAGCGGUGGUGCGUGCAGCAGCAUCAGUAGCAUCAGCAGCGGGGGAAGCAGUGCUGACAGCAGUGGGAGCGGCAGUGUCAUCUAUACUGCCCUGCACAAAGGGAUUCUGAAACAGUCGAGUGCGGAUUCUGUGGCGGUGGUGAUGGGCAGGCCAGAGGGGAUGGGCAGGAGCAGCAGUGGCAGCAGUAUCAGCAGCAGAAUCCGGGUGCGUAGCUUAGAGCAACAGCAGCAACAACAGCAACAGCAGCAACAGCAGCAACAGCAGCAACAGCAGCACCAGCAGCACCAGCAGCACCAGCAGCAACAGCAGCAACAGCAGCACCAGCAGCAGCCUGUUCAGGAGGGGUGGGAGCACCAGCUUUUUCAGACGCGGCAGCAGCAGCAGCAGCAGCAGGAGGAGCAGCAGGAAGAGGAGAGGACGGAGCAAGCAUCCCCCCGCGCCCCUCCCCGCCUGCCCACCCCCUACUACCCAGAUCCCUCGGACGAGGAAGACUGCCCUAGUAGCAAGGGUGUUGGUCGAACGGAGAAGGGAGGGGAGGAAGGAGAGGAGGAGGUAUGGAGGCGGGAUUCUGGUGUGGAAGGUGAUGGGGAGGAGGCAAGGGGUGCGACGACUGAGGAGGAGCACCGAGAGUGGGGAGGAGGGGAGACGGGCUUUUCAGGGCACUGGUCAGAGGGCGAGAUGGUGAAGCGGGGGUACUCUUGUGAGUACCCCUCAAGCCAGCCUUCAAACCAGCAUUCUGAAGUGGUGAUGGUGAAGCAGGGGUCGUGGGAGAGAACGCGUGCAGGGCCAGGUGUUGGGCCAGGUGCAGGUUUAGGAGGACGGGAAGGGGGAUUAGGAGAAGAAGUAGGAGCAGCCGGAGGAGGAUCAGGAGGAGCAGGGGGCGGAGGAGGAGGCAAAGGAGGAGGAAGAGCAAGGAGGACGAGGAGUCAACUAUAUUCAGCACCAUCCCUACCGUCUGCUUUCUCUGCUGUUGCUGCAGCUGCAGCACAGGCAGCAGUCCCCGCCACUGAAACUGCCACAGCAGCAGGAGCCGCAGGAGCAGGAGGAGUUGGGGCUGGUGAUAGGGGAGGGGGGAGAGGAGUGAGAGUGUUAGAGCGAACAGCCGGAGAGCGAGUAAGGCACCAGCGGGUUGCUUCCUGGAGCUCGUUCCCCUUCAGUGGUAGUGCUGGAGGUGGGGGAACUGGAGGGAACACUGCUCCUGCCUUUCCCGUGGUCAGUUCUUUUGAGCAUCCUCAUCAGCAGAAGCAGCAAAAGCAGCAGCAACAGCAGCAACAGCAGCAGCAGCAGCAAAAGCAAAAGCAACAGCAAAAGCAGCAGCAGCGCAAGGGGCAGCACAGAGGUUCGGCCUCAAUCAGUGGCAGCUUCGGAGGGGUUGGCCCAAUUCCCAGGCUUGCGGUCCGUCCUUCUGCAACGGAUCUUAGCGGCAGUGGCAGUGGCAACGGCAGUGGCAUCGGCGGUGUUUCCCGGGAAUCGAACCGUCGACCUCCGCCUACAACUGCACGAGCAGGUGGCAUCAGUAGAGCUGCUAGCAUGGGUGGGAUCGGCAGUCUCAAGAGCUGGAUGCUCUUCCCUCAUGCUGCUGAUGGGGAUGGUCUAGCAGCUGCAGCAGUGGCGGUAGCAGCAUCACCAGCAUCAGGAGCAGGAGCAGGAAGAGCAGCUUACUCAUCGCCUCGUUCACCAUCGAUUGCACCUUGUGCAUUCGCAGCAGCAGCAGCUCCAGCAGGAGCAGCAGCAGCAGCAGCAGCAGGAGCAGGAGCAGGAACGAGUUCAGGUUUGGCUUAUGUGCACCGCCAGGGCAGCCUAAAUGAGGGGACUAUGUUUGAUUCCACUCUUCCAGGAUGGUCUCAGAGCAAGGGGAGGGUUGCAACAGCGCAGCAGCUUCUGCAGCUGCAACAUCAGCAGUAUUAUUAUUCUCUGCAGCAGGAGCAGCAGAACCACAGUGCGCAGCAGGGAGUGAAGGGAGGGGGAGUGGUGAUGCCUGCUGGUCGCAAUGGGCCAACCAAGUGCUUCUCUCUUGCUGACAUUCGCAAUUCUGCUUCCUCAAAGGAACGGGCUCUUAGGGGCAAUGGGGUGAGCGGCAUGCCGUGAAAAGGCCCCUGGCUACAUGUAGGGCACUGCAAACGGAUUAAAGUAUACAUUUAUCACUAUUAUUUGGGUGGAGGAAACUUUUGGUCUCGUAGCCUAGUACACAUGGAAAGAGGGGAUUCGUGUGAGACCCGUUACACAUGUUUUGCGAUGAACUUGUCAGAGAGCCACUACGAUGUGUAGUAUAUGUGGGAUGGAUUAUGCACCUUGCUUA